UUCAACUCUGGUGUGUGUUUCUUUAAUUUUAAAAACAAACGUGAAAGUAUUUUUUUAAGCUCACAUGCUGUGGUUUGAACACAGCAAGUCGACCGUCAACUAAUCUGCACCAAGUUUAGAGCUCGGCAGAAGGUACAAACAUACAAACACCACAGACAUGGGUGUGAAGGUCUUCAUAAUUGGUCUAGACGAUGAGAGGCUCGAGAUCGACCUUUGUGACACUGAGGAGCAGUUAAAGGACAUCACAGUGCUGGAUCUUAAGAGGCGGAUAAAAGACAGAAAGGGAAUCUCAGAAUUGGAGCAAGUCAUUGUGUUUGCUGGUAAACGUCUCAAAGAUGACAGACCACUCUCUGACUAUGGAGUCAAAGAUCUGUCAACCCUUCAUAUGGUUAGGCAACAGGAGCCAGGAGCUGGUGGAUCUGUUGGAUCUGAUGAAGAUGGUGGAAUGGGUGACAAGAAAGGGAAAAACAAAAGAGUCAUUCGUUCAGAGCUCGGCAGAAGCUACAAACAUACAAAGACCACAGAAAUGGGUGUAAAGGUCUUCAUAUUUGGUCUACGUGGUGAGAAGUUCACAAUUGACCUUUGUGACACUGAGGAGCAGUUAAAGGACAUCACAGUGCUGGAUCUUAAGAGGCGGAUAAAAGAGAGAGAGGGAAUCCCAGAAUGGGACCAAGUCAUUAGGUUUGCUGGUAAACGUCUCAAAGAUGACAGACCACUCUCUGACUAUGGAGUCAGUCAUGGGUCAGGGCUUAGAGUGCAUUUUUGCAAUGUUCCUAAAGAGGUUCGGGAAUAUUGUGGAGCUGAUGGAUCUGAUGGAUCUGAUGAAGAUGGUGGAAUGGGUGACAAGAAGGGGAAAAACAGAAGUAAGGAAAACAUGUUAUCAUUCUAAACAAACUCUGGAUGUAUCCACAUUUUAAUAACACACCAGAGCUGCACUUCAGCUGCUCAAGUGUGCUCUGGUCUGAGUGAAGCCAUCACCUCAUCCUGUGGGAAAUUCAGUGUUCAGUCUGUAGUUUGUGGAUCUACACUUGUGUUAGACUAAUCUGAGAACAACAUCAACACUGGAAAUAUGUGAAAUAUCUUUGUGAAACUGACUGCAGGUCAUCACUUCAGGAUUCCACUGAGCUUUUUAGCUGGACCCGAGUAAUUCAUCAGGAUUUGGACUUUACAGAAUGAAAAAAAGAAUUGUUUUAGGAUGUUCUGUCUCCGUUGUACAAUGUUUUAUGACUGAUGUUUGUUUUACUCUUAGACGGUAAAUUGAUCUUCAUUUGAGUCAUUUCGUUCAUUUUAACUCGUGCAGCGCUGUAGCCCUCUUGUUGCCGAUGUCAACGUGACAAAUGAACGAGAGGCUGAAACUUGAGGACGCAGAGUUGAGUCGUGAACUAAUCAUUUCUGUUUCCUGUCCUGAGUGGACGUACUGCAUGAAAAUGAACGAAUCCCUCACUGAGACUACCCGUUACUCCCGAGUCAUUUAAAAGAUUAGUUCAAAUUGGACGAUACGUUCACAACAGACACAUCACUACUGCCAAUUAACACUUUAACGCAGCUCUGAGAAAAGCUGGUUCAAAGCUCUGAACUCUCUUCCUCGAUCCUAAACUCUAAAAGUGUUUAAAAAAACAUGUUUGUGUUGAAAAAUGAUUGACACUUCACAGUGAACACAUCAUAUAUACUGUACCAGUUCUUCUGUUAAUAGCCUUUGUUAUGUCUGAACAUGCAUUACUAAUAUAAAGCCUUUUCUGUGGAUUCAUGAUGAUGUGUUUAAUGACGUGUUAUUAUGUUUGUGGUCAUGAGGUCUGUUAUUUUAAACCUAAAAUUUAAAGUUUUUUAUGAAUCUUAUUAUUUGUUGAAUAUUAAAUCACUUU